UCAGAAGAAGUAUUUAUUUGAAGAAAAAAUGGUUAUUGUUCCUCUUCCUUCUCAAGUUUCAUCAUGCUCGAAACCAACACUAAAAUGGCCAAACAUCUUCCUCACCCUUCUCGCCGGCCAUUGCCGGUGUUACCAGACGAACUCAUCUCUGAGAUCCUCCUUAGGGUUCCGGUGAGAUCCCUCGUUCAAUUCAGAUGUGUCUGCAAAUCAUGGAAUUCCCAAUUCUCCAAUCCCCAAUUCGCCAAGGACCACCUUCGCACCUCAACCACCACCACCACCACUCAUCCAAACCAACGAUUGGUCUCUUCCAUCAUCGGCGACCCCAAAAUCAUAUCUUUCUCCGUCCAAUCGCUCUUCCAAAACCCUUCAACCCCCGCCAGAGCCCGUCGCUUCAGAAUGAGCGACAAGUACCACAUUCUAGGUUCCUGCAACGGCUUGCUCUGUUUAUGCGAUAUUCACCAACGUUGCAUCAGAUUGUGGAACCCUUCAAUCAGAUUCAGAUCCCAAAGAUUCCCAACCGGGGUUACCCUUGACGCCGGUAUUACCCACCAUGGUUUUGGCUACGAUCACGUGAGUGACACCUACAAGUUGCUGGUAGCUGUGGAAGAUCUUCAUGAAAAAGUCACUAAAGUUUACACCUUUGGUGAAAAUUCUUGGAGGGUGAUUCCGAAUUUCCCGUGUCGCCCCACUAGGUGGCUGGGAAAAUUUGUGAGUGGCACUCUCAAUUGGAUUGCUAAGGGAGGUGCAAGUGACGAUCAAUGGGUGAUUCUUAACUUUGAUUUGGGAAGUGAGACUUAUGGUGAAGUGUUGCUGCCUAAGGGAGGGGACAGUGACAAGAUUUGCAACCCUGUGCUGAAUGUUUUGCGUGGCUGUCUCUGUGUUUGUUUUUAUGACUCUAAGGAAGCUCGUUGGGUCGUGUGGCUGAUGACGGAGUAUGGGGUUCAACAUUCUUGGACUAAAUUGGUGAUGAUCCCUCACUUUAUUCAAGAUCCUUGGAUUGAAUUUCAGCACAGUAUGUUUAGAUGGUAUCACUCGCUGGAACCGUUGGACAUUUCAGAGAAUGGUGUUGUUAUAUUGAAAACUAAUUUCUCCAAAGUAGUUAUCUAUAAUUCGAAUGAUGGUAGGUUGGAUUAUCCUAGGAUUACAGGUGAACGUGGGUUGCAUGAUCUGCAUAGUUACCAUGAAAGUUUGGUUUCACUACCAUGUUAAAUUCACGCUACCAUCUCUUAUUAUAUGUUAGUGAUGGUUAAAGUGGAAGUCUGUUUAAUAAGAAUUCAACUGAUAUUUAUAGUCUUCUUUCUCUUUUAUUCUGAAAAUGUAUUAGUGAGUUGUACUUUUACAUGCAGAAAUACCGGAACAGUUAAGCAAUCCUAGUGUUGCAAUAGUGGACUCAAAUAAUUUUAUGUAUACUUGUGUUUUUGAGGUGAACAAUCUUACAUUGUAAUGUAUCUAUUUUUUAGCAUGAAUAAUGCUGUCUGGAUGAACAAUCUCCCGUGGAUGAUUCUCAGUUGUAUGACUAUACUUGAAAGUGAGAAAAUAUUUUUACCGGCCAAUCCCCAUGUUUCAGGGAAUGAUGGCCAUG